ACAAACCAGGAAAUGUCCACAGAGAUAAGUGACUGAAGAAUCACAACAGAGCAACUCACCGCGGCUGUUUCCCGACGGUUCUAUUUCGUGUUUCUGGUUUUAAUUUAUCUCUGGAAAUGUCACGGAAACCCAAAGACGAAUACUACCGGUUCUUCUCUGUUACCGACCCACGGAACCACGAGAAGGGGUACACGGAGUACAAAGUGACAGCCAGGUUUGUGUCCAAGCGUCACCCGGACGAUGUGAAGGAGGUGGUGGUGUGGAAGAGGUUCUCCGAGCUGAAGAAGCUCCACGGAGAGCUGUCCUACACUCACAGGAACCUGUUCAGGAGGCAGGAGGAGUUUCCAGUGUUUCCACGUGCACAGGUUUUUGGAAGGUUUGAUGAAGCUGUGAUUGAGGAGAGGAGGAAGGCAGCAGAGAGCAUGCUUCUGUUCACUACCAGUAUACCUGCACUAUACAACAGCCCACAACUAAAGGACUUCUUCAGGGGUGGUGAAGUCAGCAGACCUCUGGAUCCGUCCCCGGCGUCCUCGGCCGGGCCGCUGCCUCCUCCUCUCAUCCCCCUGCCGAAGAGGAGGGCAUCAGACUGUGAACCCGCCGAAGAGGAGGAGGGCAGGGAGGCGCCCACCUUACCUCAAGACCUGGGCACUAACAUCAGCUUGGAGGUCGGGGAGCCGGAGGUGGCAGCUGAGGCCUACAACGAGAUCGGAGGAACUCCGACAGAGGAAGAACAGGAAGAUCUUGACGACGCAGAACUGGAUGACCGAGUGUCGUCUCCUGAGCUGUCUUUAACGAGACUCCAGCAGUCGGAGGAGACGCAGGAGGAAUUCGACUCAUUGUUUGACUCGGUGGUCGAAGAGCAAAUCCCGUCUCCCAAGGAGGAAGUUCCUCCUCCUCUGUCUGAAAAUGACCUGGCUGUCUUCGAUCCCUGCUAUAAACAAGAAAGAUCAGAUUCCUCGAGUGAUCACUCCGAACUGUUCUCGCUGCCGCCGGCCAGUCUGAUUGGAGGAGACGCCAGUUACUUGAACCAGGCAGCCAAUGAGCUGACGGCGGCCAUGGAGCGGGAGAAGGAGGGAGAGUUCGGUUCUGCCAUCCGUGGCUACCGGACAGCGGUGGACAUACUCAUCACUGGAGUGCAGGGAGACCCAGAUCCGGUUCGCAGGGAGUCUGUGAUGAGGAGGACGGCCCAGUACCUGAAGCAUGCCGAGAUGCUGGUGGAUCAGCACGCUUCGCCGGGUCACACGGCUGCUCACACACACACACAGGACCCGUAGACACACGCUUGACACACACAAAGACGACUGAAAGGCAACGUAAGCUCAGGUUCAAGGCUCAUGAAGUGACUACAGGUUUGACAGCUAAAAUAAGAAUCCCAAACCAGUUUCCAUUCCCAGUAACAAACCGUUUCUGGUACCUAAUGCUCCAGUAAUGACGCUCUGCGCACUGGGACCUCACAGACAUCUAAACUACAAAACACAGACAAAGUCUUUAAGUUUAUGGAUGGAAAUUUCCUCUGUUCUUUUUAUAUUGUUGAUGUUUGUAAUGUUAACAUCCAUGUGGCUUUGCAUUUUGCACAAUGUUUUGUUAAUAAAUCUGAUUUUAAUUUAAUUCAGAAAAA